AUGGCCCGGGCUCUGGGUGUCGAGAAGUUCAAAAAAGGUCACAGGAACUCGGAUCCACCAGUAAUUAUGGAUUCCACCAAUCUACCCAGGAGGAAUCCCUCCACAAUGUCCUUGAAAUCGUUUGGAUCAAGGAAGUGAGUCAUUCGCUAUCAAUAACACCUUACUUUAAGAUUAUUUUGGUCUAAACUCAUCAAAAAAAUAUAGAUUCUCCAAUACAAAGCCAAAGAAUCAAAUAAAUUUGGCUUUUCUUGCUCUUAAUAAAAUAGUGGCAACUAUUAAUCCAUCUGACAUUACUUACAGGUGUUUCCGGCUUAUUUGGAUUACUCCAAAUUUGGAAAUCCGACAAAAACCCUUACCUUCUCCCCACCCCCGACAAAAAAAGUAUCUAUCUGUUUGAGAAAAGACUCUAAUAAGAGGCUUAGAGUCCCCAAAUCGAACUUUAUCUAUCACUUUUUAGUUCGCUUUCAUUUUUCGCAAAAACUUUAUUUAUUUCAGCGAAAUGUCCCGCGUUUAUUGAUUGUUGCGAAGUGUCAAAAAAGUUUCCUAUUCUCGUAACCUUAUGAAUAUUCACUGAUUAGACUAACUCAAUUCUAAUCUUGCCAGUUCCGCACAGCUUUUAUCGCCAUUCUGCAAAAUCUGUACGAUUUAACGAAAUGUCACAAAUUGUAUUGAUCGUGUCGAAGUGUCAACGGAUUAUUUUUCUUAUUUUCUUCCGAAGCUUCGAUGUCAAAACAAGAAAUGCGGUUCAAAGACGAGAUGAAGGGGGUAAACGGCGUGAAUGGAUGGGUUGGAGAAAUUGCGGAUGAUUUGGAACUUGCCAGUUUUCGGUCUUCCCGUCUUUUGAAGCUUUUUUGUCGUCUCGAAGAGCUCUCGAAGGCUCUAGUUUACUAUUCAUGUGGUAUUCUAUUUAUGUUUACAUUCUUUUCCAUUUUUAGAUUGAGCGAGUUGCGAAAAUAGUGUCCUCAGAGUACAGGGUGGUUCAGCCGAAGCUUCCAUCCUUAUUUCAAGUAUUUCUCCGCCGAUAAUGCACCAAUUCUUAUAAAAUUUAUAUCAAAUUGGAGCUGAGGUUCCCCAUUUUUUGUCCACCAAAUAUGACAGGCCCCAGUUCAAGAAUACCCCCGUACUGACCUUUGACAUUUUCAUUCUAAAUUUUGGGGCCCGAAAUCGGUGAAACUUAGAAAAUUUUUGGAAUGAUUUUCAAUUGAGUUUCUCGGACUUGGAAAAUAUUCGAGUCUUUGGCUAAAUAAGACAUUUAGAUGUAGGUGAAAAAAUUGACGGCAGUCAACGGAAUACUCCUAAUUACUUGCUACUUCUGUAAACCUUACCUUUUUUUAAAAAUUUUCAUCGAAUUUGGCGACUUUGUUUUUGCCGGAAAUCCUAAAAUUUUCCAAGUCCGAGAAACUCAAUUGAAAAUCAUUCCAAAAAUUUGCUGUUUCACCGAUUUCGGGCUCCAAAAUUUGGAAUGAAAAUGUCAAAGGUCAGUACGGGGUAUCCUUGAACUUGACCCUGUCAUAUUUGGUGGACAAAAAAUGGGGAACAUCAGCUUCAAUUUGAUAUAAAUUUUAUAAAAAUUGGUGCAUUAUCGGCGGAGAAAUACUUGAAAUAAGGAUGGAAGCUUCGGCUGAACCACCCUGUACUUUGAGAGCGACGAAUGGCCUUUCCUCUUCACCGCGAAUAAUAUUAGUGUUAUUCUUGUUUACGUAUUUCUGCAUGAGAUUUACGUUUUUUCUAAUGCGAAAAGUCUCAUAAAAUUAUCUCUGACCUUUUCGUCUGAAGAUUUAGCAGCGAAAUCCACAAAUAUCUGACGUAGGACCUCUUUUACUUGAAAUUCGGCCGCAACUGCCUUGAUUAAAUUAAUCCGCUUGUCAGUGCACUUUCAACGAACUCACAAUUAUCCUGCCAACGGCCCAAGACGGACUGCGAAACGGGAAACGCCACUUUUCCAUCCGACUUUUUGACUCGCCACGGAACGGCGAUGGAUGUUAUAGGCUAUUAGUCCGGCGAGGUUUUUUUGUUUUGUUUUCUGGCAGUUUUCCGAGGCCCUCGUAGGAGUGAAUUUAUAUGUGCGGGAAGAGGAGGAAGAUGGCUGGAAAGGAUAAUAUAAUAUGGGUGUUGUUUGAGGUCUGCAGAAUGGCUGAGGGAUUCUGUGGAGACAUUUGGGUGACUUAUCUGACAAGUAUUUUUUCUUUUUCCUUUUGAAUUCCAUUGAAUAACCACGAAGCUCGCCAGAUUUUUACUUGUUUUCUUUUUGAUUAAACCUAAUCUUGGUUUAUAAUCGUUGUUAGGGCCUGAUUUGAUCCUACUUACAUGACUUGAGUGAACCGAAAGAAAUGUCAUGAACGCCUUGCGACAUUUCCCCGUCUCCCCAGCCCUCUCUUCCACAUGGCAUGUCAUCUGCAGUGGAACGGGUGGACACGCGCUUUUUGACUUAUCUCUUUCCGUUCUGUUUUCCAGAUUCUUCUCUCGUUUUAAUGAGGAUUUUCACAAUUUUAGGGCUAUAUUUGUGCAGAUGGAAUCUGAAUUAGUUAGCUUGGAGUAUGGCAGGUGCUAAUGGAUUUAUUUAUGAUGCUUUAUACUAAAAUGAAUUGGAAAGGGUGUUUUUAUAACAGAUCUAGUUUUGACAAUUUUUUUGUGUUGUGCAUGAUGCCAUUUCGUUACAAAACAGCGAUAAAGAAACUUUCGCCAUUCUAAUGAACCCGUCAGUUUCUAAUUUAUGAUAAGUAACCCUCCCCAUUCAAAUUGGGAUUAUAGAUGUGUAAUGUUUUGUCGUCGUAUUCCCUUUGUGUCACGCACGCCGUGGCCAUGUUUUAUGUGCCAGACUCUAUAAUUUGAAGUCAAUUUUUCUACAAACACUGCCAUUUCCGGCCCAAAUCCUCCCCGCAAAGCGUCUAGAACAAUGUGAAUUGUAUUGUGCGAGGGGUUUACCGUGUUCGCAUGGGCAUUGCCCGCAUCUCCCAAACGCUCUUUGUUUCAUAUUCUACCAGAGUUCGCCCCUCAAAAGGCCCAAACCGACAACUUUAAUCCGAAAACGCUUUCCCGAGCAUUUCUCGCUCCGACUUGUAAAGAUUUGCUCCAAAAUUUGUGAUAAACUGGAUUGGUUUGGCCAGAAACUUGACCAUUCCGUAAGGCUGUUGGCCCGCGGAAUGAGACAGCGCAGACGAAAGGCCUCCUCCUCCCGAAAAAGACGGCAUUUCUGGUCGAAACACAAGUCAAAACGCAGGUAAAGUCAAGCAAACCUCGAUUUCUUUUACUCUUUCCGCUUUGAGGCCGCUUUUGUCAGCAGUUAAGAUGUCCGUUAUAAAGUUAGGGGAAAAUGUUUAUCAGCUUUUUAGGCGAUCAUAAAUCAAAGAUUUCGGUUAUUUCCGGUUGGGAAUAGGGACCGCGGAUUGUUACGAGGAAUUUGUUUUACUUCAACAAAUUCUUCGAGGCUCUUUUCCGUUUUAGUUUUAGACUAAAUAAAAGGCUGGUAAAGUGAGGCUGUUUCUCAUCUUUCUCCUUCCAAAUCGAAUUACUUUGCGUCUGAUUAGUUUAUGUUUUUCUUGUUUGCAAACACUAGUCCUAAAGGUCCUCAUGAGAAUGUUGACACCGUGAGUCAUCAGCUCUUGUGUUCUCCCGUCCAGAACUUAUCUAAUUAACACAUUUCUUUUCUAGCCCAGUUUUUUCCGCAAAUUUUGGCCUGUUUUCCUCCACUUAUCGCCCAAAUACCAAAAAUAAACAUCGGCUUUCUUCCCAUUUCUCUUUGAAGUUCCAUGUUUAGUCGAGGCCCCAUAUUUACAUUCAGAAUUAUUCGAUUCAAUUGUAAAAAUUACAAUUAAUUGCAGAUCGCAGAAGUCAAACAAAGUCCGAAAGUGUGAGGAUCUAAUUGAGAAUCAAACAGAAACUCAGGGGAACAAUUCUGCCAGUCCAGUCAAGUUUUCGGCCGCUUCAGUUAACAGUUUAGCCAGUGCUUCAGGUAAUUUCUUCUUCGUUUUUUAUUGGUCUUGUCUUUAGGAACCGCGGAACAAGAAUUCCCAGCCAUGGAGGGUUCUCUGUCCAAAUGGACGAAUGUAGUCCAAGGAUGGCAAUACCGAUACUUUGUGCUGAAUGAGGAUUCCUUGUCCUAUUACACUAGUCGAGACAAAAUGAUCAGAGGUCAGCAGAGAGGGUGUAUUAGAUUAAAUGGAGCUACAAUUGGGAUUGACGGAGAAAAUGCGGCUCUGUUUACAAUCUCCGUCGAUGGAAAAGUCUUCCAUUUACAGGUAAGCAUCACGUUCAAGUUUCCUAUUGGUUUACAAAAGAUCUUUAUCUUUUCUUUUUUUGUUAGACAAGCCAAAGUAAUAUCGAGAAUGGUUUAUAAAGUUAAUCAUAACCUCCAAAGUACUUUUCUCUUUGCAUGUUUGAUUUGUUUUGAUCUUUUAGGGGAAGGACGUGAAAGAGAGGGAUAUGUGGGUAAAGGAACUGGAAAGAGUUAUUCACAUGAAGAGCGGCAUCUACAAACCCCGGCCUGGCGAUCAGGUGGCUGAUCUCAACAACCGAGUCAAACUUGCCGAACGACAAUUGACCGACUUGUUGGAGAUUGUAUGUUUUUUUUCUUUUACAUUAUUUGGCUUUAGUCAAACAGUCCUGUGUAGUACGUAUGGCAAAAGUUUUCCCGUAUUUAUAUUCUACAGGAUCUUUUUUUUAUUUUAGGUGAGAAAGUUAGAAACCUUGAACGCGAACUCCGAGAAAGCCGAGGAAAAGAAGAAGCGAUAUCUAAACGAAGUGUUAUUGACCACCAGGAGGCUUCAGAAUACUGUCGAGCAUUCACAAAUCAUCUUAAAACAGGUUCAAUUGAAGUUCCAACCUCAUCUUAAUGAUUCUCAAAAUGGAACUACAACUGACGGAAAAGGCGAAGGGCGUUUGGAAGAAGAGGUUGGUUCUUGUUUUUUAUUAGGUUAUUGGUUAAGUUGUGAUAGAUGCAGGUAAUUGAAGUGAUAUUCAUAGUGCGGAUGAUAUAUGUUUGGAACAUGUCAGUGAUAUAUGAGUGGGGAUGUCUGUCGAAUGUUUUAUGAUAUCAUUUGGGAAGUAAUGGCCCGUGAAGUAAUGCUCAAGCAGCAAAAUGCUUGGCUUGUGUAAUAUAAUAGAUGUGUUUCACUUUCGUCACCAACACGAAUUGUAAAUUCUUUCUUGCGGGAGGACAUAGUGUAGCUGAUAAAUUUGUAUAUCAUUUCUUACGUUGCUGUAGAGGUUGCUUUGAACUUGGUGUUUGAAGAUGAGUCAAAAUAUUGUUAAGAAGACAACUUUGAAUGUUUUCUGAAGAUGCAAUCUGAAGAACUUGAUGUCUGCGCGAUUUUUUCCCUUUGGGCCUGUUAUCUUGUCUUCCAAUCGGGAAUUUUCGGCAUAAAAGAGAUGCAGUUGCUUUUACCAAAAAAGUUUUUUUUGUAAUGUCAACUGAGUGGUUUCUCAAGAUUAUUUUAAGUUUACAGUCCUCUGCAAACGACGUGAAAAUGACGGAAAUCGCAUUACGUGAUGGUAUUUCGGUUGUUAAAACGGAGUUCAAAUAACGCGAGCCGACCUGUAUGAAUGGGGGCUUUUGAUUAGGUUUUCGCGCACGGGUUUCUACCCCAUGAUCCACCAUAUUAAAGUGGCUCGCACGUUUUUUACCCUGAAUGUUUGAGCUUAGGUUGUAGAGAGAUUUCAAUUUUUAUAUUAUACUUGAUGUUUGUAUGAAAAUUUUCGAUUUUGGGAUUGCGUGUGGGGUUGGAAUGCAGGUCGAGGGUGUAGUAUUGCCGAGUAAAUUGUUUGACUAGACCAAGAGAGGCCAAAAAAAUGGUCGGUAAUUCAUUUGAUUGAUGUGUUUUGACUGGGAACGGGGUUAUUAUCCCUGAUUUGUCGCAAUGAUAAGGGCCCGAUUUACUUUUUGCGUUCUCCUGGGUAUUGUUGUAAUUAUAAGCCGAACACAAUCAAUGUCUAUUUAUCUGCCCCUUGUUUUUUCCUGUGCAGAUUUGGGGCCGAGGAACGGUCGGCGUUCCCCUCAUUUGGCCUCCGGGUUCAGCCAUCUUCUUCCUCAAAUAAGGCUUUCAAUUACAACGAACGGCCCGAAAAAGUAAAUGCCCUCGAGUUCUGGGUGAAAUUUUAAGCCCAGAAUGACUUUCAAGUGGGUUCCGGGUAGACCAGAGGCUACUUGACUUCUCUGAACACUGGAGUCCUGUAAGUCAGUGGUAACUGAUGUCAUCAUGUAGUUGAAAAUAUGGUGAUUAUUUUAUAGCUUGAAUAAUCUACCGAGCCCGUUCUGACCAGUUAGCGAUGUCCAUGGUUUGUGUGUUUCUUCAGUUAUUGCUUGUAGGGAUUCAUCAUAUUUUCAACAUUUCGAUGUGUUGGAUCUGUUUGAAGUGAAUCCUCGAACUCUCGGCCAAACUGUGACGUCAAAAGGAUGUUUCUUUCCCAGCUUUCUUAUCUUUUUUUAUAAGUUUGCAAUUUUCUCAUGUCCCCAAAGGGCUCUGCGGGCCAAGAAAAUUUUUUGACUUUGAAGCCAAGAAAGAGUUUGGAAGUCAGUGCAAUUUCGGGCUUCUGGAACUUAAAUGUACACUGUAACUCCUUUGACCAAAAGAGUUACAGUGUAAAUAAAGUUUCUAAAUCCAGCUGUUGACCACACUUUCGGUCUUCAUCGUUGCUUCUUUUGGAGAAUUCGGGCUUUCUGGAGAUUUCGUAUCUUGUAGAAAACGAAAUGAGCUUUUGUUGCGUUGUCCUUGUUUUUGCCGUACUCUCCAAGAACAGCCAUUUCCCUCGCCGACACGCGACGUAAAAGAAAACAUUUAUCCAGAUGAAGACGUAAAUAAAAGAGGCGUGUUUUUUCUUUUUAAACACGCGCUAAGAAUAACUGAAGUGCUAAGGAACUCACGGGAUUUUAUAUUUUCUCUGAAGUUUUUGAAGGAGAAUGUCGGAAACAUCAUUCUCUUGGAAAAGGAACGGUUUUAUUGAGCUGUAAUAAUAUGACCCUACGUUUUUUACGGUUAACUGCGAUGAUUGAGUGGAGUUCCUGGUUGUUAAUGGCUGUUUCAAAAUGAUUUCUCAAUUUGUAACUGUUUUCUCAUCGGUUUGUAAGAGUUAAAGUGUAUUGUUUUCUUGGAAGUAAUAAAGUACGCAAGAGGUUUUGUUCCAAGAGUCUUCUGAUAUUAGAAUGUCCUUUCAAAGAGCCCAUUCUAAUAUCUGGAGAUUCACACUUUCAUUAUUUCCAUAGUUAAUAUUGGUCUUCCGUUUCCCCUAAGGCUAAAAACUUCCCUCAAUUUUUUGGAUAGAAGUAUAACAUCGGAGAUUUUUUUGUUUUAACCGGAAGGUUUUUUGUUGGAUUUUCCACUCCAAUUUCCGGCAUUGAAUUUCAAAUAUUUUGGGGGUCUAAUGAAAAUUGGAUGUGUUUAUUUAUGCUCCGAACAUUACAUUUUUGGGAAUUUUUAAUGGUCUAUGGAGGAAAUGGAAUCUCGCUUUUUUGUUCUGUUUGAAUAUUCGGAAUCUGUUUGCGGGUGAAGUCCGCAACGAAGUGCAUGCACUGUGCAAUAGGUUACGUGCUUGCCGCACAAUGCAUUGUAAUUUGGGCGCGUUUUCAUCAAAAAUAAGUUUAAAAAUCUCGGAGGAUUUGUUAUUUGCAAAUUUUGGCCGGAAAUUUUCAUUCUUACUGAUUUUCUUGCUCUGGCGGUUGUUUCUGGAUAAGAGUAAGCGUCGUUUGUAAUGAUAAAUUGUGUUUAGAUGGUCUUCGAAACGUGUAGAUUAUUUUUAGUUUGUUCGAGACUGUUUUUGAAGGGCCCGAUGAUUUUUCGGGUCGGGAUCGGGGAUUUGUUGUAUAAAAUUAAGUUGAACUGUUUAUUUUGGGGGUUGUUUUAAGUCGCUGUUAGAAUUUAAUUUUUUAUCUUAUAGCCACCCGUCCUUCCCCCUCAGAUCACCUACUCGAGCAGCGAAGACGACGAAUUCUUUGACGCCACUUCCGGAGGAUACGAUCGAGAUUCCGACGAGCUGAGCGAUUACGACGACGAGUGCCCCUCCGAUUGCACCGAGACUGACCAGCCCAUCUACCCGCAGCAAUCUCACUCGGCCUUCCCCACCCAAGACGCGGCCCCUUCCUUAAAUCAACCGUCUCACAGUCAUCGACAUCAUCACGGACAUCAUCGGAACAGGAGACACAAGCACAGUGUCAGAAGUCGGAACGAACCCGAGGGCUCGGCCACAAGCCAGGUAGGAUUCAAAAUUUAUUUAUUUUAAAUUUGGAGAGGGUGAUCUCAUGGAUAACAUGAUUAUUUGUAGGACAUGCCCGGUAAUGAGAACCGUGACCCAAUGAAUCGACGAACCUCAGCAAAAUUGGCGGAGAAGACGGAUGAACCAGAUUGGGGGGACAGUCAGGAAGACUUUGAUGCCAUUUAUGAAAACACGGAUGAGUCCGAGCUCGGAAAUGUCCAGCAACAACAUGGCAGUGUCUUGAUGCAUCUUCUGAGUCAGGUAAGAAAAUUUAUUUUUUGUUUGGAUUUAGAUACAUGUGAUUUCAAAGUUGACGAGGAUUUUACUAUUCGUAUUGCAGGUCAGCGUUGGAAUGGACCUGACUAAGGUGACCCUUCCGACCUUCAUCCUGGAACGUCGCUCCCUCCUCGAGAUGUACGCUGACUUCUUCACCCAUCCCGAAGAUUUUGUCCGCAGUUCUGACAUAAACACGCCAGAAGAACGCUUCGUCGCGGUUGUCCGUUACUAUCUGAACGCGUUUUACCCAGCCCGGAAGUCGGGUGUGGCCAAGAAGCCCUACAAUCCGAUCCUCGGUGAGACUUUCCGCUGUCGCUGGUCUGUCCCGGGUCAGUCUCCAUCCGGAGAGAAAACAAAGUCGGGUCCAUUCCCGGGAAGUGACGUGAAUCAGGUGACAUUCAUCGCCGAACAGGUCUCCCAUCAUCCCCCAAUAUCAGCCUUUUAUGCUGAACAUCCGGGUAAAAAGAUUUCGCUUUGCGCUCAUAUUUGGACCAAGUCUUCAUUCCUUGGGUUGUCGAUUGGUAAGUUGACGUGUUUAUUGAUGUAUUGAAGUUGCUUUUAUUGCAGAAUUGAAGUUGCAAUAUAUAAAGUUUUGUUUUUAGGUGUCGCUAAUAUUGGACAUGCCACGGUAACUCUUCACGAAUAUGAUGAACAAUAUGUGGUCACAUUCCCCAAUGGAUACGGCCGUUCCAUCAUGGGAACUCCAUGGGUAGAGCUCGGUGGAAAAGUUGAAGUCAAAUGCGAAAAGACGGGCUACCACGCCGAGAUCGACUUCCUGACCAAGCCCAUCUUCGGCGGAAAACCUCACAGAAUUGCGGGAAAUCUUUAUAAACAGGGAAUGAAGAAACCGUUUAUGACUCUGAGAGGAGAGUGGAAUGGAUUGAUCUUUGCGAAGCGAGGAUCUGCGGAUGAACAGCUGUUCAUCGAUGUAAAGGCCAAACCAGAAGUCAAGAAGGUAGGGAUUUAUAUUGUAGUAGACAAAUUUGAAAGUUAUGUAACGUUUAUGCGCAAUUCGUAAUGUUCUAUUUUAGGAAUGCGAACCUGUCGCCAAACAAUCGGAAAGGGAAAGCCGACGCCUAUGGCGUCAUGUCACCGCCGCACUCUUCAGAAACAAGAUCAAUAUCGCGUCGAAUGCCAAGAGAUAUAUUGAACAACGGCAGAGAGAUGAGGCCAAGGAAAGGUUGGAGAAGGGAAUAGACCAUCAACAGAAGUUCUUCAAGAAGGUCGGCGAGGAUGGAUGGACAUAUCAAGAACCCCUGAGUCAACGAGCAGUUCCUUAA